CUUGAUGUGUAUGUAAAUGUAAAACUAAUCAUAGCCUUCCUUCUACAAUAUACACCUAGACAUAUCGAAUAUAAUAUAUUCUAUAUAUAGAUUCAUGUAUAAUAUUAUGAGAGCAAAUAAGUUUCUAUUGAUGCGACUAUAGAGUAUAGAUUCUUUUGGGGAAUGUCCAACCAUCAUUGCUGGCGGCUGAUUUAACAUCUACAUCUAAAGGGUACAUGCUAUAUAUUGAUAAAAGGAAUCCUAGAAUCAAAUGACUCUUUUUGAUACAUUUGUUACGUUGCUGAUACCGAAUGAAUAUAACAAAGUCUUUUUUCCCCUUGACUGGGAUAUAUUUAGGAUCAUGUUACAUGAACAAAAAUGAAUCAAUUAGGACAAACGUCAGGGCUAUGCCAUCUAUGGCAUAUUUAACGCCUUACCAACGUUUUGUCGGACAUCGGUCAUUCCGGACAUCUGUUAACAGUUCACCUGAGAGUGAUAGUGAUGUCACUUUACCUGUGACUAAGCAUAUUACCGCCAAGGAAUUUAUCGGAUUAUUGCCAAAUACUCAAGGUAAUACCACCGCCAGUGAUAACACUACUACAAACGGCGGUAGACAGCUGUAUAAAUUGGUGGGAUGGGUGAGAAAAACAACGGAAAAUGCUGAGAAGACGGGCACAUACAUUGAAGUGGUAGAUGGUACAUCCCCUUCGCAUGUCUCCGUGGUGGUUUGGAGUAGCCAUCCGAAUUACGGGAUGCUGAGAAACGUAAACGUUGGGGAUGCAAUUACGGUUAUUGGAAUGGCGGAAAAGAAAUUGUUAAAAACAAAUUUAUCAGCUACCAGCCUAAGAUUAGUGGUUGACGGUAGGGAGGAGGGUCACUCAGUAUCCUUACAUCCAUCUUUUAAAGACAUGCGUGACCUAGACCCUGUGGGUCUAAAUGGUAUAUAUCCAAUGACGUAUUUACGCGAACAUGUUAAUUUUAGAUCGAGAAACGCCGUUAUGCAGGCUAUAUUUAGAAUUAGAAGCGCUGUAACCGAAGGGUUGUAUCAUAUAAUGAAGAAACGAUCUUUUAUAAACGUUACUACACCAUUGCUAACCACUGUAAAUUGUGAAGGCAUGGGAGAUAUCUUUGAGGUCAUUCCACCAAAUAUUGGCAACAAUGAGGGGAUCGAUAGAACAUUUCUGAGUGUCUCUGGUCAACUAGAGUUAGAGGCGUUAUGUUCUGGUUUUAGCAGAGUCUGGAAGCUUGGGCCGGCCUUUCGAGCUGACAGAUCAGAUACACCACGACACCUUUGCGAAUUCUGGAUGCUUGAGGCUGAGAUGGUAGGUCCCGAUCUUAAGGACCUUAUUAAUGUGAUCCAUCAAAUAAUCAUUGGUUCGGCACGUACGAUUCUAGAUAACUGCAGAGAUGACAUCUUGCUUUUGGAAAGACAUUUUAAAACAAGCAUUAUCAAGCGCCUCGAAACCCUUGUAGGCACUGGUAGUUCAGGGCAGGAUUCCCUUCCAAGGCAUUUAACUGAUGACCCUAACUACUGCGAACCUCAACCGAUCCAUACGCUGGAGUAUAAGGAGGCCUUGUCUAUACUAAAUCGCGCUAUAGAAACGGAUGAAUCCUAUGAACAUUCAAAACUGGAAUGGGGAGACCAAUUAUCUGCAGCUCAUGAGCGUAGUUUACUAAGCAUACUUGAAUCACCUCUUGUUGCGGUUGUCCAAUACCCUCGUGCUAUUGCGCCAUUUUACAUGCAGCAGCUGGACGGCGGUGUAGUGAAUAAUGUGGACAUAUUUGCCGAGGGGGUCGGGGAAAUUGCUGGAGGAUCGAUAAGAGAAGUCAAUUACCCCGAAUUAGAGAAAUCUAUGCAAGAGCAUGGUGUAUAUGGUAAGGAUUACGCAGGGUAUCUUGAGCUACGAAAGUUUGGUAAUGUUCCCCAUGGUGGUUUCGGAAUCGGCUUUGAGCGUAUGAUCAUGUUUUUACUUGGGAUCCAAAACAUAAAGGAUGUCAUACACUUCCCGAAAGUGAGACGGAAGCACUAUGUGGAAUGAAGUACGUAAUUCAUCGAAAUAAUCCCAUGUGUUUUAAUUGGGCGGUAGAUCUGUCAACUUCCCUCAGUAA